UUUUUUCGAUUGAUAAUCCCAUUAAAGUCUCACUGUACUUUCACCUAAUCUCUCUCUGCCUCUGUGCACCCUAGAUAAAAACACUCAACUAUACAGGUGAUACAUGAGCUCCAGCUCUCAUAAUUUGGUUUUAUACGCAACCGACAUCCCCAAAUUCCUCUAAUCUCAAAAUCUGUAUCCUGUAAUCCCCCUAUUUUCCACUGGCAAGAAAUGGGUAAUCGAUUUAGUUGCAAGACGAAGAACAAUAGUAACGGGUCAAAGAGUAGUAGGAGAUUCGGUGGGGGGAAUCGAUCACAGAGGAAAUUGCAAUCAGAUGAGGAGUUAUUACACAUGCAAGCUUUGUCUCUUGCAAUUCAACACCAUCAAUCGUCUCAGCGAUUCGAUGGUUCUUUGUCUAGACGAAUUGGAUCCACCAGUUCUCGCCGCCGCAAUAACCCCAUCUCGGAUCCGACCUUGACUAACCCCAAACAGCAAAAACAGUCACCAGAAUUCUUGGAGAAUCUUGAAACGAAGAAAAUUGUUUUGAUACAUGGAGAAGGAUUUGGAGCAUGGUGUUGGUAUAAAACCAUUGCUCUUCUAGAAGAAUCCGGAAUGCUUCCUACUGCAUUAGAUCUUACUGGAUCCGGUAUUGAUUUGAAGGACACAAACAAUGUCACUACACUUGAGGACUAUUCAAAACCACUAACUGAUUAUUUGCAAAAUUUACCCGAAGAUGAAAAGGUAAUUUUAGUGGGACAUAGUAGUGGAGGUGCUUGUGUUUCAUAUGCAUUAGAGCAUUUUCAAGAUAAGAUUUCUAAAGCAAUCUUUUUAUGUGGGACAAUGGUAGCCGAUGGACAAAAACCCUUUGAUGUUUUUGCUGAAGAGCUUGGAUCUGCAGAACUGUUUAUGAAGGAAUCCAAGUUCUUGAUACAUGGAAAUGGGAAAGACAAUCCAGCAACUGGAUUCAUGUUUGAGAAGCAACAAAUGCGUGGAUUGUAUUUCAAUCAGUCACCUGCAAAAGAUAUAGCUCUGGCUAUGGUUUCAGUGAGACCGAUCCCACUGGGACCCAUAAUGCAGAACCUGUCACUAUCGAAAGAGAAAUAUGGGAAGGGGCGUAGGUUUUAUGUUCAAACACUUGACGAUCAUGCCCUUUCACCAGAUAUUCAAGAAAAGCUUGUAAGAGAAAAUCCACCAGAAGGUGUUUUCAAGAUCAAGGGUAGUGAUCAUUGCCCUUUCUUCUCUAAACCACAGUCACUGCACAAAAUUUUGCUGGAGAUAGCUCAAAUUGCAUAAGGGUCGAGUGGGGGAUAUGAUAGAAAGAAACUGAGAUGUUUUGUUUUUAUGUAUUUAUUAUAUUCAUAUUGUUAUCAAAUGUUUUAGAGUUUAAGUUGUUAAUUUGUUCAUAGGUGCCCGGUUAUAAAGAACAUCAAUAUAGCAUCCCUUUUUAAUUC